AUGCUGGCCAGGAAUUUUCUAAGUAAGGUUUUUGUUUACGGCGAGGAAGAGCUCAGGAUUAAGUUUAAUGAUCUCAAGGCUGCUGAAAAUUUCGUUAGAUUCCGUCGACCACAACUGGUCAAGUGUGUUAUUGUUAAAGCAUGGGAGAGAAUAAGUCAACUAAGAUCGGUGAUUGGUCCUCCUAAGAAAUUUGAGAUCUUUGACCGCCCAUAUGAUGCACUUACUGAGAAGAUAGAAAUUGAUUUAUUGGUUGGAAUGAGAAGAAAGUUGGAAGAGGAAUUCUCUGAUAUGAAGAUGAUUCAGGUAAUGAGGUGGCGGAUGAGUUGACCAAAGAAGCCGCAUCUGAAGAAGAGGAUAAGAGUUUAUAUGUGACGGUACAAGAUCUGAGGAGAGUAUUUAAGACAGAAACAUGGAACUAUACACAAGAAACUAUAACAAGAGAGGCAUUGUAUAAAGGAAAAUUUUAUUUUGAAAAUUAUUAUAAUAGUAGUAAA